GCUCUGAACGUUUGAAGCCGACUCGUUUGUGAAGGACACAUUUUACGCGCAUUUGAAUGUACUGUUUUGUUAAAACACAUUAGUCGAUGCCUCGUGCACCACAACAAAAGAAAACCUUUAAAUUAUUUGUUAGACUGUUUACUUUUUCUUUUAUUCAUGUUAAAUGCCGAUGAUUCUUUUACUCCAGACUCGAGUCUGAAGUUGGCUAAAUUUCCCGUUCCACCUUAAACGGUGUAGCAGUUUCUGGCGCCUGAGGCUUCAGCUUCGUCUCAGUGCUCACUUUCAAUUGAGCGUAAGUUCUGGUUUCUCUGUUCUGGUUUAUAAAUGAUAGAACUGAGACAUCGCGGAACAACUAAGCCUGCGUUUACAUAUUUUUAUAUGCAUAUCUGUGAAUCAAACCUGUCAGCAACUUUGACCCACACAGUGGAAGAUCCAGUCCGCUCACAUGACUGUGGGAAUGGGGCAACAACAGCGUCACGUGACCAGUACAGGCUUCCCGUUUGGGUUUUUGCUGUGGAAAUCUUUUCACUGCGCUCUUCACAGACCCAAAGCCCAGAGCUGAGCUGAGUUAAACAUGGAGCUGCUGCUGCUCUGCCUGGCUGGACCACUUUUCUACCAGCUAGUUUGUUCAGCACCAAUAAAAGAGUCCAUUAGAGAGAGACACCUGCAGGGAGGAAGCAAAUUCUGGCAUCUCUCGGACCUGCACUUCGACCCCACCUAUCAUGUCACUAAAGAUCCCACCAAAGUGUGCUUCUCCUCAAAGGGUGUUCCUGUGACAGACCCAGGACUUUUUGGAGAUUUCAUGUGUGACUCUCCGUACCAGCUUAUUCAGUCAGCCUUCAAUCAUAUGAAGCACGUGGACCAACAGCCUGAGUUCAUUAUCUGGACUGGAGACAGCCCUCCUCAUGUUCCAGCAGAUGAGCUGUCCACAGAAGCUGUGAUCAGUGUAAUAAGCAACAUGACUCACACCUUACGUCAGUUCUUCCCUGAGCUGCCGGUAUACCCUGCACUAGGCAACCACGACUACUGGCCACAGGAUCAGCUUCCAGUGAAGACAAGUGCAAUUUAUCAGGCUGUAGCCAAACUUUGGACUCCAUGGCUAAGCCCAGAAGCCCUCGCUACACUGCAAGAAGGAGGCUUUUACUCUCAGCUGAUAAAGCCCGGUCUUCGGCUGGUGAGCCUGAACACAAACCUUUAUUACACUCCCAACAAGGUGACUGAGAACAUCACCGACCCAGCUGGUCAGUUCAAGUGGCUGCAGGAUACGCUGGAGCUGUCCAAACAGAGCAUGGAGAAAGUUUAUGUGAUCGCUCACGUCCCAAUUGGUUACCUGCCCUAUGCUAAAAACACCACGGCCAUGAGGGAGCACCACAACGAAAAACUAGUGGACAUAUUCCGCAGCUACAGCGACAUCAUUCAGGGCCAGUUCUAUGGGCACACCCACAGAGACAGCAUACUGGUUCUGCUGGAUCGCCAAGGAAAGCCUGUUAACUCCAUCUUUGUUGCUCCGGCUGUGACCCCAAUCAAAAGUCUUCUGGAGCAGUAUUCAAAUAACCCUGCCGUCCGCAUGUACCUGUACGACCCUCAAGACUAUAGCUUACAGGAUCUUUGGCAGUACUACUUGAAUCUCACUGAAGCAAACAAGAAAGAAAUGCCCAACUGGAGUCUUGAAUACAUCAUGACUGAAGCCUUUGGUAUCAAAGACAUUCAGCCACAAAGCCUGCAUGAACUUGCCCUGACGUUCGAGAUGCCGCAAAGCAAAGCCUUUCAGAAGUAUUUCACUUACUUCAUGGUAAGUUACAAUGAAACUAUCACCUGUGAAGAUGACUGCAAGAUGGUGCAGGUCUGUUCUGUGCACUUUUUGGAUCACGAGUCAUAUUCCCAGUGUAUCAAGAAAGGAAGCACAGGCGGACACCACUUCAGAGCCAAAAACUGAAAGACAUACUCUUUUUAUUUUAUGUUUGUAUGCAUAUGUAAUGGAUUUUGUACCUGAUCACAAAGGCAAUGAAUUAUAGCUUCUUCUUAAAGGGAGUCAAUCAGCUAGGAUGUGGAUGUCUUUUUUAAAUGAAAACAAAACUUUUUGAUUGUGUUAAAUUAUUAAAACACUGCACAUUUUGUUUCUAAUCCCAACAGUUUACAUUUACAUAUAUGCAUUUGACAAACACUCUUAUCUAGAGGGACUUACAGUUUAUGCUACAGAUGUACUCUCUAGGGAAAAAAAAAAUGGGCCAAGCCAAAAAGGCAGAACAGUAACCUUUUAACGGUCCUAACGUUAAAUAAAUAGUCAAUAUAUUCUCUAGAAUCAAACAAAUAAAUGAAGUAACUUAAAAUUAAAUAGCCUUUUACUUUAAUUUCUUUAAAUUUUGAAGUUUGUGGGUAAACUUACAUACAGGCUUUUACAGAAAUAAGAUGCAAUAUUGUUCCACAGCAUUGAUGGCUUCCAUUGCCAAGUGUUUAAUCUGAGACCAAAUGUUCUCUAUAGGGUUUAAAUCUGGACUCUGACCAGGCCAAAACUAACAUUAAAAACCAUUAUAUUUUGUGUUUGGCCCAUUUCUUCUAUUUUGCACAGGAGUGUAGGGGAAUGUAGUGUAAUUAUUGGUGUAGUGUGGUCUUAUCCAUGUAGGGAAUCGCAUCCAAAUGAGUCUGCUGCAUGGAGGGCAACAGUGUUACUGUCGACGCUAUACCAAAAACUACACACCCAACUGAUUACUAAAAUCAAUUUACUAGAGUAUGUUGUUGCUUAGAGCACACACACACCUGCUUUUCUGUAGUAGAAAGACUUUUGAUACAGCCUUUAGUAGCAGUACAUUUACCUUUUUUAUUGUGAUUGAUUAUGAUGAUUUAUCAGAUGAUCAGGGGUCUGUCUCAUUAAGCACUUAGUGUUCUUAAGGUUUUAGCUUCUACAGCCUUGGUUAACAAGCACAACUCUAUAAAUAACAACUCUGUUAAUCCAGGUUUAGACACUCAGGCUGUGAUUAAUAAUAUGCACAUAAAAAUGUGAUGUUUAUGACAAACCGCCAGUUGCUUAAAAAAGGAGAACAGUCGAUCGGCUUAUUUUUCAGGAACCAGGUAGACAUGGUGGACCUGGUUCCUAUCACCACCACUGAGUUGCUAAGUUUCUAUAUAAUGGAGCAUUUAUACGUUCAUGGUUUUUAUGUACCUGAAGGGUCCCUUUGAGCAGUUAUGACAAGAAGAACUUUACUAGCUGCACAGCGAAAAAAAUAACAUCAUAAUAUUUUAUUAUGGUUCCAGACUGAAAAAUAACAUAAUAAACACACUCUUUGUUUUCUCCCACAGUCACUGCCUAGCAACCGCUCAGCUAUGCGGCCGUACCUUGCUUUUAGCUUUCAGGCUUUUAGCAGUGAGUUAGUGUACCUUUGAAUGUACUUUAAAUUUGAAGCUACAGAUAUUCAGAAGAUGUGCUGGUUAUUGCUAUUGCUUUAUGUUAAUUGGGAAAAAACAUAAGGGCUUACAGUGGUGCUACCAUUGUGGUGCUGCAUAACCCUCAUCUAACCUGCUUUUACCUGCAUGGCGAUGUAGUCUGGUAAAAAAGUGAUCCACUGUCCUGAGUCAGAAAGUCAGAGGUUAAAUCAAACUAGGUUUAAAGUGAGCUGGCUAAGCAUUGAGAGACAGGCCCCAGAUCAGUUUAUAUGAAAGGAAUACAUUGUUAUGGUUGUACAAUCUACGGUUUUACAUCUUUUAAGCUGUUUUUUGUGACUAGCACUGUUUAAUCAAAUCUACUUGCUGCUGAAUUAUUGUUUACUGUAAUUUAGGCAUGAAAUAAUUUGAAAAUGCCAUUUUGAUUUAUCAAGGCCAGAUGUCUCUCCAGUACUGUGGACGGUGCCUUCUUUGCACAAUAAAUAAAAUUGUUGACCGCUGA